UUUUCCCUAUUUAAAUAUUUCCCGUGUAGUAAACAUAAAAUGUCCAAAUUUUUUGCACAAGUAGGACCUGAUUCGGAAACCGAAAGUGAUGAGAGUGAAAUACAGCAAGCUCCAUUGCAAAAGAGUGCUGUUACAAAAGCUUUUCAACUAAGUGAUGAUGAAGAAGAUAUUAAAAGAUUAGUUAGAAGUGCUAAAGAUAAACGUGAAGACGAAAUUCUUGGUAUAGCCAAGCAAAUUAAAAAUCACAAAAAAAUAAAAGACAUGUGCAAAGUACUCUCAGAUUUUGAAGAUUUACAAAAAGUGUAUGCAAAAGCCAAAGGAGUCCUCGAUGACAAAGAUGGUAGGCCACCAACAACAUUUUUGAAGUGCCUGACAGAAUUGGAAGAUUUUAUCAAUGAGAUUUGGGAGGACAAGGAAUACAAGAAAGCUAUGAGCAAAAACAAUUCUAGGGGUCUAUCAUCCCUCAGACAAAAGCUUAAGAAAUAUAACAAAGACUAUGAGCCCUUCCUUUUAAGUUUUAGGGAGAAGAUUAAGGAAACAACCACCAAAAGGUCUGUUGGUGCUACUCGAGAUGACAGUGAAAGUGGUGAGGAUGAUGGCAUUCUUUACGAUCAGGCUUCGGGUGAUGAUGAUAAGAUUGGAGGUCCUGGGAAAGAAUUGAAAGUGAAAAAGGUUUCCAAGAUUCCACGUGAAGAUGAUGAAGAUUCAAUCGACUGGGGUCAAUCUGAUUCUGAAGAUUCCUAUUUGAGUGACGAAGAAAAAUAUGCCGAAAAUCCCUCGGCAAGAUUUCUGAAGAAGCAACCCGAUGAUAAAGAGAAGGAUAAAAAGAAAGAGAGGGGCGUUAAGUCCAAACCUUUACCUAAGAAAGUAGGAGGCAUUGGCGACGACAAUGAGGACGCAGGUGAUGAGCAAGACGAAACGGAUAAAGGUAAAUGGGAAUCCGUCACAGCCAAAGGAGGAGUCUCCAGAGCUACCUUCAAGGACAAAGUCAUUCAAAUUUUUUCACCUGACGAAGAGAUAACCAGAUCGUCUAUCCUUAAAAAAUUGAACGAUAUUAUCAGCACUCGAGGGAAACGAGGAGCUGAUCGUUCCGAGCCCCUCCUAAUGCUCCAAGAGCUCUUGAACAUAGCAUUGGCUCAUUCAAUGGACACUCCCAUUGUCGUCAAAAUCAUGUUUAACCUUAUAGCUUCCUAUUUUGAUUACAAUCAAAAGAUUUCCCCCUGCAUGAAAGCUGCAUCUUGGAAGAGUUGCUUGGCAAAUUUGAAAGAAAUUAUUAAAUUGUUGCACGACAACCCCAAUAUUAAAAUUGGCAUGCAAGUUAACGAGGAAAUUGAAGAUGAAGAGCUUCAACCUGACAAUAAAGGCAAAGUUAUCAUUAAGAUAUGUGUACUCUCCCAACUGGAAAUAGCUGAUGAGGAAUUUACCAAAAUCUUGCAAAACUGUGAUGCCCAUAGCACAGAAUAUCUUGACAGGUUGAAAGACGAAAAAACUCUUUGCUCUUUGUUCGACCAAUUGCAAUCUUACCUUGAAAUACAUGGUACUGCUAACGAAAUUUCCCGUAUAUAUCACAGACAAGUUGAGCACAUGUACUAUAAGAAUGACGCUCUCGUACGCCAAAUAAUGAAAGUUAAGAACGACAAAAAACAAUCUCUUUUUACGGGAGAUAAUAAAGAAGGGGAAGAUGAUAAUCUAGUUUUUGAGAAAUAUUGUAAACACAUCUACAAUGAUAACAGUCAUCGAAUGAGGACCCGAUCUAUUUUGUGUCAUAUCUAUUAUUGCGCUUUGCACGAUGAUUGGUUCAAAGCCCGGGACUUGCUGCUCAUGUCCCAUUUGCAAGAUACUGUUCAACAUUCAGAUUUACCGACUCAGACCCUUUACAACCGCACCAUGGUACAGAUGGGGCUUUGUGCAUUUCGUCGUGGCCUGCUGAAAGAAGCCCACGACGCUCUCCUAGAUAUUCAAAGCAGCGGGCGGGCCAAAGAAUUGCUCGGACAGGGCUUGAUUAGCGCCAAUCCUAUGGCCCGGAACCUUGAUCCUCUCACGCCCGAACAGGAAAAGGCUGAACGCACUCGUCAAGUACCAUUUCACAUGCAUAUCAACCUGGAUGUUGUCGAAUUUGUUUACCUUUUUUGUGCUGUCUGCAUUGAGACGCCUUACAUCGCACAGGGCGAACUGGAGCGACGUCGCAUGGCCAGUAAAAACUUUUAUUACCAGCUUAAGCAGAGCGAGAGACAAUUGUUGAUCGGUCCACCCGAUAACAUAAGGGACCAUGUCGUAGCCGCUCACAAGGCUAUGAAAGUGGGGGACUGGAAAGCUUGCAAAAAUUUUAUUGUCAAUGACAAAACCAAAACUAAAGUUUGGGAUUUGUUUCCCGAUACAAACAAUAUAUGCGAGAUGAUCACCCAAAAAAUAAAGGUAGAGUGUUUGAGAGUUUACCUUUUUUCUUACGGUAAUUUUUACGAUUCCAUCGAUUUGAAAAUUUUUUCGGAAAUGUUUGAUAUGGAUAUUCCGACCAUCACCAACAUCAUCAGCAAAAUGAUUAUAAACGAAGAAAUUAUGGCCUCAUUUGAUGAACCAUCUCAAGCAUUGAUUAUGCAUCGUGUUGAUCUUAACCGAAUCCAAUCAUUGGUUCUGCAACUUACGGAAAAAGUUGCACAGUUUUCGGACCUUAAUGAUAAGCUAGCCGAGUUGAAAUGGAGCAACCAAGAAACUAUAUCACUUUAUCCUAAUAAUAAUUAUUCGAUGAAUUACUCUUCCAACAUGAAUUAUCAACAAAAAAACUUUUCUGAAAAUUAUUACUCUUAUUCAAAUUACAGGAAAUAAUUCAUAAUAAUAUAAAAUUUGACUUUUUAAAAAAAUAAUAUUGUUAUUAUUUAAUUUGACAAUGGGAAAAAUAAAUAAAAUUAAUUUUAUUUGCAA